GGAAUACUCGGGUAGCGCACGUUAACAAAAGAAUGGCACCUACACAGCGCACUUUAGCACACUCCCGUGCUCCACACACCCUCUGUGUCCACCAUCUUUCUCUUUCCCCUCGCAGUCCAACUUAUCCUACGCACCCUUUCCCUUCCAUUCCCUUCAUCCCUUUCUCUUCACUCCUCUUAGGUCUAACGCUUCUUCUUCUCUCUCCAAAAACUCUUCUUCCCCCGUACUUUUUGAAAAAAUUAGGGUUUCUGCACUUGUCGCUACGCUCGCAUUGUGGUCGCUUUAUAUCAUAUGGAUCACAGAAACAAUCCCAAGGACUCGCUCUCCUAUUCCAAUCUCUUCAAUCUCGAGCCUUUGAUGAACUUUCAACUUCCACAACGAGAUGAUGAUUUUGGUUAUUACGGGAAUAGUAGUCAGGACGAUGAGAGCAGAGAUAGCCGAGGUGGUGGGGCAAUGGCAAGUCACAGUAAUGGGAAUGUGAAUGCGAACGGAAGGGAGGUAAAUUUGUUGAAGAGAGCAUGGUCUCAAAACAGUGACGAGGAAGAAAGGAGUCGGUUUUAUGGAACAUGUAUCACAGAGGAGCGAUAUAGAUCGAUGCUUGGAGAGCAUGUCCAGAAAUACAAGAGGAGGUUCAAGGACACCUCAUCUACUCAUGCCCAAAAUCAGGUUGCUGUUCCACCUGUCCAAAGUAGCAGUGGCUCAAAAGCUCGAAAGUCUGGGAAUGAUCACUAUGGAGGACUGCAUGCUGCAGAGAUUGCAUCUGAAUGGCUAUAUGAUUCCAAUUCUCAGAAACCAGGAAACUACCAUGAUGCUAAUUUCCUGCAGCGAUAUGCCUCUGAUAGGACUAUGUAUGAACCUGCUUCUUUGGACAUUGCUGAUGGUAUCUCUUAUAAGAUUCCUCCAAAAUAUGAUAAGCUAGCUUCAAUGCUGAACCUGCCAAACUUCUCAGAUAUCCAUGUAGAUGAAUUUUACUUAAAGGGUACCUUGGAUUUGGGGUCCUUGGCUGCUAUGGUGGCUACUGAUAAAAGGUUCAUGACUACAAACCGAGGAGGCAUGGGGGAGCCUAUGUCCCAAUAUGACUCACUUCAGGCACGCUUGAAGGCCAUGUCCGCUUCUAAUUCACCUCAUAAGUUCAGUCUGAAAGUGUCCAAUGUCGGUUUAAAUUCCUUCAUCCCAGAGGGGGCAGCUGGAAACAUAAAGCGAUCUAUUUUGUCUGAGGGUGGUGUAUUGCAGGUUUAUUAUGUUAAGGUUUUGGAAAAAGGUGAUACUUAUGAGAUAAUUGAGCGAAGCCUACCUAAGAAGCAAAAGGUGAAAAAAGAUCCUGCUUUGAUUGAGAAGGAGGAAAAGGACAGAAUUGGUAAGAUUUGGGUAAACAUUGUCAGAAGAGACGUUCCAAAACAUCAUAGGAAUUUCACAAUUUUUCAUCGAAAGCAACUAAUGGAUGCCAAGAGGUUCUCAGAGAAUUGUCAAAGAGAGGUUAGAAUGAAAGUUAGUAGAUCACUUAGAUGGACUCGGGGUGCCAGCAUUCGCACCCGCAAACUAGCUAGAGACAUGUUGUUUUUCUGGAAACGAGCUGAUAAGGAGAUGAUUGAAUUGAGAAAAAGAGAGGAAAAAGAAGCUGCUGAAGCAUUGAGGCGUGAACAGGAGCUUCGAGAAGCUAAGAGGCAACAGCAAAGGCUUAAUUUUCUCAUACAACAAACUGAGCUCUACAGUCACUUCAUGCAGAACAAAUCAAGCUUAUUAUCUUCAGAGGCUUUACCAAUGGAAGAUGAAAAAGCAGAUGAUCAAGAUGCACUUUUUGACUCUUCAGAUGCUGGCCCGAUUGAGGAUGAUCCUGAAGAGGCUGAAUUGAAGAAGGAAGCUCUGAAGGCUGCUCAAGAAGCUGUCUCCAAACAAAGAAAGUUGACAAGUGCUUUCGACAGUGAAUGCCUGAGGCUGCGCCAGGCUGGUGAAGCUGAUCCACUUUCACAGGAGGUAGCAGGAGCGAGUGACAUUGAUUUGCAAACUCCCUCAACUAUGCCUGUGGCAUCUACAGUUCAGACACCAGAAUUAUUUAAAGGUUGUCUAAAAGAAUAUCAGCUAAAAGGUCUUCAGUGGCUUGUUAAUUGUUAUGAGCAGGGUUUAAAUGGCAUACUUGCUGAUGAGAUGGGACUUGGAAAGACAAUUCAGGCUAUGGUAUUUUUGGCCCAUUUAGCUGAGGAGAAAAAUAUAUGGGGGCCUUUUCUGGUUGUUGCACCUGCAUCUGUUUUAAACAAUUGGAAUGAGGAACUUGAGCGCUUUUGCCCUGAACUCAAGAGACUUCCUUAUUGGGGAGGUGUUGCCGAGCGAUCAGUGCUUAGGAAAAGUAUUAACCCAAAGGAUCUAUAUCGUAGGGACGCUAAAUUCCACAUUGUCAUCACUAGCUAUCAGCUGUUAGUACAAGACGAGAAGUUUUUUCGCCGUGUGAAAUGGCAGUACAUGGUUUUAGAUGAGGCUCAAGCAAUAAAAAAUUCAACCAGCAUAAGAUGGAAGACACUCCUUAGCUUUAAUUGUCGGAAUCGCCUUCUUCUUACUGGCACACCUAUUCAGAAUAAUAUGGCAGAGCUGUGGGCUCUUCUGCACUUCAUUAUGCCAACUUUAUUUGAUAGCCAUGAGCAGUUUAAUGAGUGGUUUUCAAAAGGCAUUGAGAACCACGCAGAACAUGGUGGCACCUUGAAUGAGCAUCAACUGAACAGAUUGCACUCAAUUCUGAAGCCUUUCAUGUUGCGGCGCGUUAAAAAGGAUGUAGUUUCUGAGCUGACUAAGAAAACUGAGGUUAUGGUGCAUUGCAAGCUGAGUUCUCGGCAGCAGGCUUUCUAUCAAGCAAUUAAGAACAAGAUAUCUCUUGCUGAACUUUUCGAUAGUAAUCGUGGGCAACUCAACGAGAAGAAAAUCCUGAAUCUAAUGAAUAUUGUUAUUCAACUAAGGAAGGUUUGCAACCAUCCAGAGUUGUUUGAAAGGAGUGAGGGUAGCACAUACUUCUAUUUUGCAGAGAUUCCAAAUUCCCUUCCACCUCCCCCAUUUGGGGAGUUGGAGGACAUAUACUAUCCUGGAGGUCACAACCCCAUAUCAUAUGAGAUGCCAAAACUUGUCUACCAAGAGAUUAUGCAAAGAUCUGAGACUUUCUGUUCGACUGUUGGUCAUGGUGUCUGCAGAGAAUCUUUUCAGAAACAUUUCAACAUUUUUACACCGGAAAAUAUUUAUCGCUCUAUGAUCUCGGAAGGUGUGGUUGUUAAUAGCGGAAACUUUGGUUUUACUCGUUUGGUGGAUUUGUCUCCACAAGAGGUGACAUUUCUGGCCAGUAGUUCUUUCUUGGAGAGACUAUUGUUUUCUAUGAUGAGAUGGGAACGUAAAUUCCUUGAUGAAUUUAUAGACUUUCUUAUGGAGACCACAGUAAGUGAUCCUGAAUGUAGUUACCUGGAAAAAGGAACAGUGAGAGCUGUUACUAGAAUGUUAUUAUUGCCAUCAAGAUCCGAGGCUCAGUUUCUUGAACGAAGGUUUGCAACCGGGCCCACCUGUGAUCCUUUUGAGGCUUUGGUCAUCUCCCAUCAGCAUAGACUUUUAUCCAAUGCAAGGCUUCUUCAUGCAGCUUACACAUAUAUCCCACCAACUAGAGCUCCACCAAUUGCUGCUCAUUGCCCAGAUCGUAACUUCUCCUAUAAAAUGAUUGAAGAAUUGCAUGAUCCUUGGGUUAAGAGGUUGUUUGUAGGAUUUGCGCGUACAUCUGAAUCUACUGGGCCUAGAAAGCCUGUUCGUUCUCCUCAUCAUUUAAUUGAAGAGAUUGAUUCUGAACUACCUAUUUCACACCCUGCACUUAAGUUCACACAUGAAGUUUUUGGCUGUUCACCUCCGAUGCAUAAUUUUGACCCAGCAAAGUUGCUCACUGACUCUGGGAAGCUUCAAACACUUGAUAUACUAUUGAAACGCUUGCGAGCAGGAAAUCAUCGUGUUCUUUUGUUUGCUCAGAUGACUAAGAUGCUGAAUAUUUUGGAGGAUUAUAUGAACUAUAGAAAAUAUAAGUAUUUUCGACUUGACGGGUCAUCUACUAUUCAGGAUCGCAGAGACAUGGUGAAAGACUUCCAGGACAGGAGUGAUGUAUUUGUGUUCUUACUGAGUACAAGAGCUGGUGGAUUAGGUAUCAACUUGACAGCUGCUGACACAGUCAUAUUUUAUGAAAGUGACUGGAAUCCAACGUUGGAUCUGCAGGCAAUGGAUAGAGCUCAUCGUUUGGGUCAGACAAAAGAUGUUACUGUUUACCGACUUAUAUGUAAAGAGACAGUUGAAGAGAAGAUACUUCUUAGAGCAAGUCAGAAAAGUACUGUGCAGAACCUUGUCAUGACUGGUGGUUCUGUUGGAGGUGAUCUUUUAGCUCCAGAGGAUGUCGUAUCUUUGCUUUUGGAUGAUGUCCAACUUGAACAGAAAUUAAAGGAAAUCCCGAUUCAGGUAAAGGAUAAGGAAAAGAAAAAGAAACCAACUAAGGGUAUCCGUGUAAAUGAAGAUGGUGAUGCAUCUCUGGAGGAUCUAACAAACUCUACAGCCCAGGGUACUACAGAUUUUGAUCUCCCGAUGGACCCAGAGGGAUCAAAUGCCAGUAAUAAAAAGAGAAAAGCUGCUUCCAGACCAAGGAAUUCUCAAAAGCCAAGUGAAUCUGGCAUUAUGGCUAUAGAUUAUGAAUUGGAUGAUAACCACCUAACUACUGAACCAGUGAGCCACAAACCAAAGAGACCCAAACGGAUGAAGAAUGUAAAUGAAAAGUUUGAAGAGUCUUUUACUGCAUCGGCUACCAUAUUCCCAGAGAAGACUUAACUUCCACCUGCAUAAGAUUUCUGUUCUCGAGGUUCUAAAGCAGAAGCAGGCUAAGACGCUUGCCAACCACGUAGUAAAUCCUCACAGUUGUACGCUCCUUUACUUGAACUAAGUUUACGCUCCAUGAAUUAUUAUUAUGUUACUAGAUAUACAAUCAUAGGUUAUGAAUUGACCUAUUCUAUCCUAAACAAAGAGAGACAUAGAUAUUUCAAUUUAAGAGUUAAUUUUUUCUAAUCCAACUUGCAAUCUGAGGAAAUUAAUUGUUCUAGGGGAAAUUAAUCUGAGUAUUGUGAUGAUGAUAGUUUGGGGUAGAGGACGGUGUGUCAUUGCAUGUAUAGCAGGCACUUGGAAAUGAAGACACUGCAUUUAAUAUGAUUACUGUGGAAAUCAUGCUUUGCUUUGCUUGCUUGCCAAUUUUAUAUUUAAGCUCCCAUCUGAAGGAUGAAGCAGAGCUAUAUUGGAAAGGAAAAGAAUUCGAGUGAUAGGAAUUAGGAACCAGUCCAGAGAGGAUGGAAGCAGCAACUUCCAUUAUCAUCAAUACCAUCUAAUGCUAAUUGGCCCUUUCUUCUCUCUUAACUUUUUAUGCAUGUCACUAUUGUCUUCUUCCUUGUCUUUCUAGGUCCUCUCUUUUCUCUGUAUACACCACUUUGAAAUGCAAAUGACCUUAAACACACACCUAAAGCCAAAUGGGGACUUCAUUCCUACAUCACUAUCUUUGCAUUGUCAACACAAACUUAUACUACUCUAUCCCCUUCGUUUCUGUUUGCUUUCUUAGGUAGCAUAGUUCUCCAUCUUUAUUAUUCUCUUUGGCCUUCAUAUAAUGCAUUAUUACAUUUAUUAUUUUCAGAACCUCAUACACAUUUCAUAUACUCUACAUUAUUUUUUAAGACCAAACCUGACGAUUGAACUAUAAGUCUGUAUUCUAUACAUAGAAAACAAAAAAGAAAAUAAACAUUAUCCAGAUAUGUUUGGCUAGGAAUUUAAAGAAAAAUGAGAACUUUGAUAAAUGAGUUUUCUGUACUUAUGGCAUUUGUGUAAAAAGGGGGGAUUGGGGAAACUGAAACUAUCAAAUCUGAAAUAAAU